CGAAUAGACAAGCCCGUAUUUUCGAUUUGUUUAUAUUGUUGUUAUAUGUAUUGGAAUUGCGACAUAUCAGAAGAGGUAUUGUGACGUAGAUGCUUUUUGUUCUUUUUUCCCUUGUCUCUGGAUACUACUAUACGAAUCCAUGUUUUUGAGGACAAAUCGCUGCUUAUACAAAAUAUAACCGCUGAUCGCAUGAAUAGUCCUGAUUUCGUGGCUCUUAGAUAUUGCAACAAAAUAUGAUCACUCCAAAAUAUAUCAAACAAAACACUGGGAACUUCUUAUUCACCUCAGAAUCCGUAAAUGAGGGUCACCCAGAUAAAAUUUGUGAUCAAAUAUCUGAUGCUGUACUCGAUGCAUGCUUAGAACAGGAUUCUGAAAGCAAGGUCGCCUGUGAAGUAUGUGCCACCAAGGACUGUGUCAUGGUUUUUGGGGAAAUAACUACCAGAGCGAAUAUAGAUUAUCAGAAUGUAGUCAGGGAUGUGAUCAAUAAUAUUGGAUAUACAUCCGAAGAAUAUGGAUUGGACUACAAGUCCGUUCAAGUGAUUGUUAAGUUAAAACAACAAUCACAUGAAAUAGCUCAGGCAGUUCAUGUGGGAAAAACCAUUGAUCAAAUAGGCGCAGGUGAUCAAGGUAUAAUGUUUGGAUAUGCCACUGAUGAAACACCUGAAUUAAUGCCAUUAUCGCACGCUUUAGCCACUAAGUUAGGGGAACGCCUCUCUUUCGUACGUAAAUCUAAGUUAUUGCCAUACUUGAGACCCGAUGGAAAGACCCAAAUUACUGUUGAAUACUCCCAGGAUGCAAGCGGUCACUUGGAGCCCAAAAGAGUACAUACCGUACUAAUUUCUACACAGCAUGACCCAGGAGUUUCUCGGGAACAACUCCAAAAGGAUUUAAUGGAACAUGUAGUAAGCAAGGUUAUAUCGCCUCACUUUUUGGAUGAGAAUACAGACUAUCUUUUGAAUCCCUCAGGAACCUUUGUGCAUGGUGGUCCCGCGUGUGAUGCAGGUUUAACUGGCAGAAAAAUUAUUGUAGACACCUACGGAGGCUGGGGAGCACACGGUGGUGGAUGUUUCUCCGGGAAAGAUUGUACAAAAGUCGAUCGUUCUGGAGCCUAUUACGCGAGAUGGGUUGCAAAAUCUCUAGUUCAUAAUGGUUUCUGCAAACGCGCACUUGUGCAAGUAUCCUAUUCGAUUGGAUUAGUGCAUCCAAUUUCUUUGCACGUAAAUUCAUACGGGACUUGUGUCUUGGGAUAUACGGAAAGAGAUUUGGAAAAGAUUGUUGUUAGAAACUUCGACUUUAGAGUGGGCUACGUCAUAGAACAGUUGGAACUUAAAAGACCGAUCUUCCGCAAGACCAGUACAUACGGGCACUUUGGAAAGAGUGACCCAGAUUUCCUUUGGGAGAUACCAAAAGAUCUCUCUCAUGAAAAAUUCCGUUGA